AUCUUCUGGAUCUUUUCCAUGGUUUGGGCCACAAUCUCGGACCCAGAAACCCAAACCCAUCCUGACAUCCGAUGGUUGGAAAGUCUUCCUGGCCAAAUGCCUCCCCCGGUGCUUGAGACUUGGCGGCGGCCUCCUAAAUUGGCGCACCUGAGACGUGAUUGGCUUAUUCCCUGAGACCAGGAAGUAAGCAGUCCACUAACCCUGCUGAUAACUACCACCUGGCCCGGAGGAGGACUCUGCAAGUGGUUGUGAGUUCCUUGCUGACAGAGGCGGGAUUUGAGAGCGCGGAGAAAGCAUCCGUGGAAACACUGACAGAGAUGCUGCAGAGUUACAUCUCAGAAAUCGGGAGAAGUGCCAAGUCUUACUGCGAGCACACAGCCAGGACCCAGCCCACACUGUCAGAUAUCGUGGUCACACUGGUUGAAAUGGGGUUCAACGUGGACACUCUUCCUGCUUAUGCAAAACGGUCUCAGAGGAUGGUCAUCACUGCACCUCCGGUGACCAAUCAGCCAGUGACACCCAAGGCCCUCACUGCAGGGCAGAACCGACCCCACCCACCGCACAUCCCCAGCCAUUUUCCUGAGUUUCCGGAUCCCCACACCUACAUCAAAACUCCGACAUACCGUGAACCAGUGUCUGACUACCAGGUCCUGCGAGAGAAAGCUGCAUCUCAGAGGCGAGACGUGGAGCGAGCCCUCACCCGGUUCAUGGCCAAGACGGGCGAGACCCAGAGUCUUUUCAAGGAUGACGUCAGCACUUUCCCCUUGAUUGCUGCCAGACCUUUCACCAUCCCCUACCUCACAGCCUUGCUUCCCUCUGAGCUGGAGAUCCAGCAGAUGGAAGAGACAGACUCCUCGGAACAGGAUGAGCAGACAGACACAGAGAACAUCGCUCUUCAUAUCAGCACGGAUGGCUCCGGAGCUGAGAAGGAAAACGCUUCUGUCCUGCAGCAGAACUCCUCCUUGUCUGGCAGCCGGAACGGGGAGGAGAGCAUCAUUGAUAACCCGUAUCUGCGCCCUGUGAAGAAGCCCAAGAUCCGCAGGAAGAAGUCCCUCUCGUGAGCUGAGAAGGAAGCUGCCCUGUAAGUGAGAGGACACCGCUUUCCUGGGGCCUGAGAUCAGAGGGAAGAAGAAGGUGGCACCCUUUUGGCCUUGCCUGGGGUGUGUCUUUUUAGCAGUAGCCUUCCAUGAAGGCAACCCUCUAUGCAAACAGGCCAGAGUCUGCUGGUGACUUCAUUAAUUCAUCACAGGACUUGAUUCCUUUGAAACCUGGAGGGCCAGGGAAAUUGUUAGGAAGGAAAGGGUCCACUGUUCUGUGCCCUGCCGGGAAGACUGCCAAGUGUAUCUUCCAGACCACCUGGAUCCCCUUCGUUGAUCUACAAGAAUCAUGGCAUUGAUUUACAGCCCAGAACAUCAUUCUCACUUCGCUUUACACCUGGGCCCCAAGCUCCCUGCUGAGCUGGUAGUCAGUGACUUUCUGUCCCUCAUCAUGUUGGAAACAGACCCAUGCUGCAGCUCUGAACUGGGGCUGGCAGGAGCUAGGAGUACGUGGGCUAAUAAAGAUAAUGACAGUGACCAUCAGAGUAGCCUUGAAUCUCUGACCAGCAUUUGAUUAAAGCUGACCACAGUGGGGGUCACCUCCCUUGGAACGUGUGCCUCGGAUCACCCUUUUGGGAAGGAUAGAGUUAGUUCUCCCAAGACUUGAUAAAGGAGCCAUGGAUUUUAAGCACCAGGGAGAGAGCUUAGCAUCUGAGGGUGGGACUUGUUCUGAGGGCUAGGCUUAGCUGAGAAAUCCAGCUGAUGGUGGAAAGCCACGUUCCCACUCGCUGGAGGGAGUGGGUUCAGAGUCCUGCUGAGUCCAUGCACCUGUCAAGAAGCAAGUCUGAAUCCGCCCACUCCCACCCCUGGAGAGAAGACACCAUUCCCUCACUUUCCCACUAAUCAUGCAACAUGAUGCCUCAAGGAAGAUACUGGGAAAGUUGUUAUCUUUGGCUUGUUUUGAAAAGAGGAAUUGAAAAACCAAAUCCAAGGAAGAGUGGCAGGGGCACAUGGAAAUUGACCUAAAGUGGAUAAGUCAUCCUUGGAUUGGAGUGCUGAGCCCACGUGUACUCUCUCUGUACUCCACCUUGGCUGCUGCUUCUCCUCCUCUUUCUUACUCUCUCACCCCGUGCCACGUGUUUUUGAGACAGGAGCUCACUCUGUAGCCCAGGCUAUCCCAGAAAUCACUGUAUGCCAGGCUCAGUGAUCCUCCUGCCACAUGCUGUGAUUACGGCGUGAACCCCCGUGCCUGGCUUCCAGUAACUUGGCAGGGGUGAGAACUUGCUGUUCUCUAGAACCUUUGGUCCCUUUGCCUUGGAGGAGAAAAAACAAAACAAACAAAAAAUUCUGUGUCUGGAAUUGAAGAAAGAACAAGAGGUGGUGAGAAAAAUGAGCCUUUUUGGCUCUGGUCCAAACAGGAGUAUUUUCAUGGUUACUCAGAACUUCCUGGUCAGAACAAGAAGACCGGGCUGUGUGGAUUCUGAGAGCUUGUGAUGCAGUUGGCAGCUCAUGGCCCAGUCAGUCCAGGGUCUAACAGGAGCUGCCACCCCUUGCUGUUCCUGAUGCUUCUAGCCAGCGCGUCUGUGUACUUCUGCACCAUGUCAUUGUCUGAAGCCAAGCCUGUGGAGCGUGUUGUGUGAGCUGAGGGGGGCUCUUGCUGCCCUUGACCGUGGAACUGCAUCGCUGUGAUUGUUCUUAGAACAGAGAUGACCCUAGUGGCGAUGUGUUGAAGUGUAUAAUUCUCAAUGUUUAUCUAUAGAUUUCUAUUUUUUAUAAGUUGGGAGAGUCAUAGAGGGAAAAAUAAAGUGAUUUAUGAAAAGUCUAA